UCGAUAACGAGAGCCAGCGCACACACAGAGCAGAAGAGUUUGCGAAAAAGAAAACUGGACAAAAAGCGAGUUUCCUUCGAAUCGAGUAGCUUUUGGAAGCUGGCGUAGCCCCUUGACCAGUGCCAAGGCAUGCUGUAAUCCCCGUCGGCGCAAAUCCGUCUGUGGCGGCACCGAGAAGCCAGAGAAACCGGAGCGAUUGCAGAUCCCUUAUUAUUUGCCUUCUGCCGUUUUCCACCUCCUCCAACUCCGUGCGGGGGACAAGAGCAGCGAGAGAGACUUCGAGACGAGUCGCUCGGGAGCGAGGGGGCAGCGGAAACUGGGACUGGCACUGGCACUGGCUUGUUGUUUGGUUUAGCGUGGAAAUCAACAAACGGGUCGGAUCCGGGCCGGGUCGCAGGAACGGGGCGUGGCGCGCUUGGGGCAUUGGCUGGCGGCUUGGCAACAACGCGACCGGAUAGGCUGCAACAAGUAGGCUGUAGGGAUGGACGUGUCGCUAACGGAGCCGGAGACGCGGUUCUACAGUGAGCUCUUUCAAUGCUGCGACGUGGAGAAGACUGGCAAGGUGCCCAUGCUGAAGGCCACAGAGCUUUUUCGCUCGGCGGACAUCGCCAACGAGGCGGUGAUUGAGAUCACUGGCCUGGCAGGGAUUCCCUCGACGGCGCUGCACAUCUCGCGAACGCAGUUUUACUCAUGCCUGAAGCUGAUCGCCGCCCACCAGGCAGCCAUGCCGCUGCGCCAGGAGCUGAUCUCUGCCACAAUGCCGCUGCCACUGCCGCACUUCAGCUGGAAGGAGGCAGCCACGGCUCCGGUGGCUGUUGAAAAUGGACUGGCUGCCCUACCGCCCCCGCCGCCCACAGAUCGGAGGAACUCCCUGCGCCGCAACUCGCAGCAGGAGCAGCUGCAGGACACCUCUGACUUGCCCAGCACCGACUCCGAGGUGGAGCAGAACGAGUCCGUGGACGAAGCGACGGGCCAUGGACGUGGGGGCACAGAUGGCAGCGGAGUCGUCAGCAGCAGCAGCCGGGAGAAUGUCGGGCGGCGUCGAGGUGGCGCUGGUGCCGGUGCUGGUGGUUCCCCGGAAGCCUGGAGCACCAACAGUGACAGCCCCACGCCGACCAACAGUGUGGCCGAGCGGCCCUGGGCGCAGGACACCCUAUGGCAGGGCUUGCUGGGCGACGAGCACCGCCAGUUGCUGGGCACCGAGGAGGAGUCCUCGGAUCGCCACAGCAGCGAUGACGAAGACAACGAGAACGAGCUGGUGACUCUCUACCAGAUAACGCCGGAACAGCGCGAGUACUACAAUAAGCAGUUCAGGACGGUCCAAAGGGAUCCGCAUGGCCUGCUCUCUGGCCAGGCAGCACGAAUCUUCUUUGAAAAAAGCCGAAUUCCCGUGGAGGAGCUGCGCCACAUCUGGCAGCUGUGCGACGUGACUCGCGAUGGGGCACUAAGCCUUUCCGAGUUCACCGCCGCCAUGCAUCUUGUGGUUCUGCGGCGCAACAACAUUCCGUUGCCGACCAGCCUGCCCCAUUGUCUGCAUCCCAACGUGCUGCUAGCGGCAAUGGGCGGUGGUCAAGGUGUUACAUCCUCGUCGUCGUCGGCGGCGGCACUGCCCCAGGAACCUCCCGAGGCUGAUCUCCUACACCUAAACGACGAUGAUGAAGAUGACCACACAGACAAUACAAUCAUUGCUGGCAAUCUCAGCGGAGGCAGUUCCUCCACCACCAGCAAGCCGCGUCCCAACGUGCCACCCGGCGACAAGAACAUCAUGAAUCUGAGCACCAUCUCCACGUCCUCACAGGCAAGCAAUAGCUCCCGGCGUGAGGCAACGCCGCCCAAGAACCGCAGUAUCUCCAACUCGCCGAGUACCGAGAAACCGGUGACGGGAGCUGUUCCCGCUUCAGGAAACGCCGUAGACACAAGCACGAAUGCCGCCAGUCAGUGGACAAAGUUCAGUGAAUCUCCGACGACAAGUGCUGGCCCAGUGCAGUCCACCACUGGAGGAGGAGCUGCGGCAACAGUAGUAGGCGCUCCUGCCGUCUCUAGUCCCGGGCUAAAACCAGCCCUGUUCGACAUGAAGCGCUCUGCGCAGGACGUGGUCUCCAAUCCCCAGAUUCUGCACCCAGUGCCGCUACGAGUGACCCCUAUCGGCACAGCCGUUGCUUCCUCUGCUGAAGCAUCCAACGAUAACGAAAGCGUUGUAGUGCUGCGCGAGGACAGUCCCAAGGCCAUCACAUCGACCACGUCGGUCAUCAGUCAGUCAUCUGGAUCGGCUGUCUUAUCAUCGGGCGUCAUUUCUGGCUCCCAUCGCGAGAGCAGCGAUUUGCGUGCCAUCCAACGGCCCCAGGCCAAGAAGCUGCCUGCCAAAAACAGUGCUCUGCCGCCGCCGCCGCAGCGUGAGUCGAGCAUCGGAUCCAGUGGUCCCAGUGAGCCGCCUGAGCAGCAAACCGUUUUCGUGGCAUCCAAGAAGGAGCCGCCACCCCUGCCGCCGCCUAGGCCGCAUCGUCAUGCGCGGAGCAGUAGCCUGGACUUGAACAAGUUCAAAAUGGGCGCAACAGGGGGUGCCCAGCAGGCGGAGAUCACUGCGCAGGCCAGCUUUGAUAUGCAAACCUCAACGGGUUUUGCCGAUUUCACGCACUUUGCCGACGAAGGCGCCGCGAACGUCAUGGACGAACAGCAGCUGCACUCGCUGCCGCCGGCAGCACCUCCCCCUCAGGCUGCAGUGGUGCCGCCCACCAGGAUUACUUUGCAGCAGGCUCAGCAGCGUGUCUCUGCCUUCGAGGUCUAUCGAAAGCCACAGACGCCGCGCGGAUCUCAAUCGCCGCCACAGCAGCCGCCACCUCCGGCUCCGGGCCUGGCAACGACUACCCAAGUAGGUCUGCUGCCCAGUGCCGAGAGCUUUGAGAAGCGGGUGUCCGCCAUCAGUGACUCGUUGCGCCAUGUAUCCUUCAAGCAGGGCCAGGCCAACACCACAGAGGUCUUGCAGCGAUUACGGGAGCAAAACAACUCACUGCUGCAUCUUUGCAACGAUUUGAGCGACGAGCUGCUGAGUGUGCAGACGCGCAAGGAGGAGAUGCGUCUCAAGCUAGAGGGACUGACGGCCGGCGAGGCUCCUGGGCGAACCAGCUCCUCGAUAUCAGCGCCGGUGACGGCUAACGUGACUGGCGGCUCCUCCGGUUCUGCAGGGGCUUCUGUCUAUACCAACAUUUAAGGAGCAGCGAUAAAGGAUCAUGUCUGUUAAGGGGUGAAUUGAUUUGUUCGGUCAGGAGUACUACUGAGAUUGUUAGCUUUGAACCAUUCAAAACUACUUGUUUGCUUAUGGAACAUUCCUAAUUUUUCGACUACAUGUUGGAUUAUUUUCAAAUCCAUUCAAUUUUUCAAAAAUAAUUUUUAAAAAUGUUACAAUAUUCGUUUUAAAAAGAAGCUUAAAGUGUAAUAGUUUUUUUAAGAGCUUUUCGAUGAAAUUCAAACAUUGAUAUUUUCGAUAAAACCCUAACAUCGAUUUUUUCAAUAACAUGCAAACUUGGAUGUUUUUUGUUAACUGUACUUUCCUCUGAACAAAUUAAUUCACCGCUAAUGUUAGUCACUUAUUUUCUGCCGUUUUUGUAUGUUGCAAGCACAAUAUACUCUAAAUCCGGGUGUUUGUUUGCACAGCGAUAAAGCAGGGUAAACAUACAGAUUUCUGUUUUCCCUCAUUCUGUAAACAAAAAUAAUCGUAUGAUUUCACAAAGUCAAGCAUUUUCUCGAAUGUGUUUGCUCUGUUUUUAAGCCAGGCAAAGUACCCCCGGGUCGGAGUUGAUGCAUUGAAGUUGCUAAUUUAAUUUGUAGGCUAGUUAAAUCUCAACACAAACAAAUCAUGCGAGAACUACAACAAUAAUGCCGCCUCUAUAUAGAUAUUUACGCAGAUCGAUUUAUAUAUAUGUAUAUAUAUAUAUGUACCUAUGUACGUAUAUUUAGAGACAUGUGUAUGUAUGUACGAAGCGCUUCUCCUAAUUGUUGAACGAGUAAAUGACAAGCAGACCCUUCGCUUGGCAGCCAACCGCCACCCGUAUCUCACCCUCACGCCCUAGUGUAUAAUGAAGCUGCCACAAAGUGGUCCAAAUCCAAAUCCAAAUCCAAAUCCUCCUCGGCUUUAAUAUUCCCUGCUGUGCGAAUUCGCAUUUAACUUUCCAAUUUUGCUAUUUAUUAAUUAAUGUUUUGUGUAUGCCUCGAAAUUCACCCUUCUAUUCAUUCCGGCAAUGAAAGCUAACAAAGAAAAACGAUCGUAAAAACAAGAAGAAAAAGCCAGGCUUAAAUGUUUAAGUAUUAGAAAACUAAAAAACGAAAACAACAAAAAAUCGACAAGAAAUUCAUUUCCUUGAAAGCUUAGCUUAGGUUUUUCCAAAACAAAAAAACCCUAUAUACAUAUUAAUAUAUUUUCUAUCUGUAUAGUGUACACAAAAAAAAAAAAGAAAAAAAAAAAACAAACCUUGAUAUUAUGUACAUUUACCCAACAAUUUCUUUCUACGUCUAAAACGGGAAAGGAAAUAUGUAAGACCGAAAACAGGAGACAAAUUUAAUUUAACCGGACCACUAAAUAUGUACGUAUAUGCUAACUUCGAAUUUAUCAGAUAUACCGGCAUACAUAUAUACUUUUUUUUGCAUACUUAAACCCCGGAAAUGUAUGAGUUUCUCUUCAACUUGUUAAACAUUUUCAAAUAUCUACCCACAAUCACAGAAAUGAAAUGAAAAAAAAAAUCAUACAUAAAUUUAAUGAAAGGAAAGAAAAGUGAUAUUGAAACACUAUGUAAACAUAUUAUUACGUGGCUGCGUAAUCAAUGUGUAUUGUUUUGAUGGAUAUACAUCUCUAUGAAUAAAGAUAAAUGUAUUAAGUUGAAUGUUAAAAUGCAAUAAAGAAAACAAAGAAAAAAAA